AUGGAACAGGGCAAAGCUACGCUACAGGACCUUGACCUGCGGUGUGAGGAACUAAUUCAAGAAGAGUUUGGUGAGUGCUGUAACUUUGAUGUGGAUGAUUCAGUUCAAAAGUUGGAAAAGUUUGGCAUUGUUGCUCGGGGAGACAAUUACAAAAGAAGGCAAGUUUUAACAGGGGAAAAUUACAUAUCAAAGUUCGGUUUCACCUCGGUGUGCGGGAGGAGCAGGGAAAUGGAGGACGCGGUGGCCGUUUAUCCCUCUCUUAGCAUGAGAGAAGAUGGAUUACACUACUUCGGUGUUUACGACGGUCAUGGAUGUUCUCAUGUGGCGGUGAAGUGUAUGGAUCGAUUACACGGGUUAGUGAAGGAAGAGUUGGAAAGCAGCGAAGGAUUAACAGAUUGGGAGAGCGCGAUGGAGCGAAGCUUCUUUCGCAUGGAUAGAGAGGUGGCUGAACUGGACGGCGACGGAAACUGCCCGUGUGAGCUUCGAAUGCCGGUGUACGAAGCCGUUGGAUCUACGGCUGUGGUGUCAAUGGUUUCGCCUGAUAAGAUCGUUGUCGCAAACUGUGGCGACUCCCGAGCUGUCCUAUUCCGCAAAGGCAAAGCUGUGCCUCUCUCUGUCGAUCACAAGCCCGAUCGUUCUGAUGAGCUGAGCCGAAUCCAAGCUGCCGGAGGACAAGUUAUCACCUGGGAUUGCCCCCGUGUUCUAGGGGUUCUAAACACGUCAAGAGCAAUUGGUGAUGACUACCUGAAGCCCUAUGUUAUUUGUCAACCUGAGGUCACCGUCAUAGAUCGGACGGCGGGUGACGAGUUUUUGAUACUCGCCAGCAAGGGCCUCUGGGAGGUGGUAACGAACGAGAAGGCCCGCCGCCUUGCUCGAACGUGCCUCCGUGGGAGGGCAGCUGCAACUGCAGAGUCGAACAGUCUAUACUGGCCGGAAAUUGGUUUCGGCCAAGAAAAUUCCGACCGGGCAUGUUUUUGCGCCUCCGCCCUGCUUACGAGCCUGGCGUUGGCCAGACAUACUUCAAACAAUGUUAGCGUGGUGGUCAUCAAUUUGAGAACGUAGAGAUUUGCUUUCUCUGUUUUAUUUUUGUAAGUGUUUUCUCUUAUGAUCUUAUGAGUGUAUUUUUUUUUUCCUAGUUAUCUUAUGAGUGUAUUGGAUGAAGUUAUAUAUGAUAUAUAUUAUAUAGUAUCAAAAGAAUGAAAUAUCCAUCAAAACGGAGGAGUGGAAAGAUUUUCUUUUUAAUUUAUUUUGGUAGACCAAGAGAGAAAUCUA